AUGGCUGACAUUCACCCACUCCAAGCUAUCCAGCAAACCAUUGGCGCCGCUGGUGGUGACCCUCGGCCAAUGCAGCGUGCAUCACUCUUCCAGAAUGCUAAUGACGGUCCUGCCAAAAUUAUUGCAAAGGUUUCUGGAGUGCAGAGUGGUGGAAUUCGCGAAGAUGAUGGCCCAUACUUCACAAACAAUGAGGGUAUUCCGUUCCCGGAUCCAGCUCACAGCAAAACUGUUGGUGGUCUGCCACUAGUUAGCGACACAUUUUUGCUCCAGAAGCAACAGCACUUCAACAGGAGUAAAAACCUGGAAAGAAUGGUGCACCCUUGUGGUAGUGGUGCUUUUGGUUACUUUGAGACGACUGCAGAUGUAUCAGAUUUGACCAAGGCCAAUUUUCUCAGCGGCAAAGGUGUGAAGACACCAGUUUUCAUGCGAUUUUCUACUGUUACACUUGGACGCGAAUUUCCAGAUCUAGCCCGUAACCCACGUGGAUUUGCCAUCAAAUUCUACACGGGCGAGGGUAAUUAUGAUAUCGUUGGACUUAACUUCCCCGUUUUCUUCUGCAGAGAUCCAAUUCAAGGUCCAGAUGUCAUCCGCUCACAAUCCCGGAACCCAAAGAACUUCUUACUUGAUUACAACUCGCUCUUUGAUCUGCUUGCUCUAACUCCUGAGGCCAAUCAUGCAGGCAUGAUGUUCUUCAGUGAUCACGGGACCCCUAAAGGAUGGCGCAACAACCACGGAUAUGGUUGCCACACCUUCAAGUGGGUCAACAAAGAGGGAAAGUUUGUUUACAUCAAGUAUCAUUUCCUUGCCAAACACGGCCAACACCAGUUCACAGCCGACGAGGCUAUCAAACUUAGUGGUCAAGACCCGGAUUACUCCAAGCGUGAGCUAUGGGAUGGUUUGGAGAAGGGAGAAGAGGUUGAGUGGACAGCUAGCGUGCAAAUCAUGCAACCUCACGAGGCAGACCCAAACACUCUAGGAUUUGAUCCAUUUGAUGUUACCAAAGUCUGGCCAAGAUCCCAGUUCCCAAUGCACGAAUUUGGAAGACUCGUUCUGAACAAGAACCCCGAGAACUUCCACCGUGACGUUGAGCAAGCUGCAUUCUCACCCGGAAGUAUGGUACCAGGAAUUGAGGACAGUCCCGACCCAUUGCUGCAAUUCCGUAUGUUCUUCUACCGAGAUGCUCAAUACCACCGUAUUGGUGUCAAUCUCCACCAAGUCCCCGUAAACUGCCCUUUUAUGUCUGGAUCUCUAAGUUCGCUUAACUUUGACGGAGCAACUCGCAACGAUGCAAAUCACGGAGGCAAUCCACAAUACGCGCCCAACUCUUUCAAGCACAAGUUCCGUCCAGACACUGCUGAGGCGCCAUAUAUGGUUUCCGACAACAUUGUGUCUCGUAAGAGUCAUUACCACCACGAGGGCAAGCUUUCCGACUACGAUCAAGCGAGAGAUCUGUACCAGAAAGUCAUGUCAGAGCAGCAAAGAACGAACUUACAUUACAACACUUCUAACAUGCUUCGAUUCGUCGAUACCAAUGUCAUCAAGAUCGGAUACCUCGCUCAGCUCUGGAACAUCGAUCCAUCAUACUCCCAGGCGGUUUAUGAUGGACUUCCAGAAGCAGCAAGGGAUUUCCAGUUCGUGGAAGUCCAGAACAAGGCCAAGGGAGCCGAGCUUGCAGGGAAGGAGGCAAAGUUCCGGCCAAGCCAGGCUUCAGAGAGGCUCGUUGGUUUCAAUCCGGACAUGCCCAUUUACAACGUUUGA